AUGACGGGAGGCACACCAAUCACCCUUAAAGGUGCCGGAUUUACUACAGGGUCAAUUAGUGUUCGAUUCUCUGUCGGAGAUUUCUUCGCCGACGUCCCCGGCACUUUUGUUUCCUCAACGGAAAUUCAUGCUGUAACACCAAAUGUCAAGGUUGCCCUGGGCCCAAGGACAUGCGACGUUCGCGUCAAAAUUGGAGCCAAAGACCUGACUUCUUCUCUCUGUUCAUUUCAGUUCUAUGCGAACUCUUGCGCGUCAUGCUGUCUGGCUGUGGGGCCUGGCUUGCUUUCGGAUGGAGCACCUGGCGUGCCUACUUCAUUUUUUAUUGAGGCAAGGAACGCGCAAAAUGGAAAGAGAACAACGGGAGGGGAUACGUUUUUGGUGAAGGCCUUUAUACUCCCCGAGGAAAGCCGCACCGCAUCGCGUACUCACUUGCUCACUACUCUAACUUCAGCAAUAAAUGCCCAAAGCGGGACUGCAGGCAAGUUGUGCGACGCGGUUCAAAAUAUCUUGAACGUCGUAAAAAAACGCGCAGUGCACUCUUUGAGCAUCCCCAGAUGGCAUGAAAUGAAGGACUGCCAUACAAAAGAUCAAAUUAUUCUACACCUGCAGAGUGAGCGUGAAAUCAUUCAGGCGAAAGUAAAGCAUGACGACCGUCGCAGCCUGCUAGACGUCCGACAGCACAUCAAGAAUGUAGAGACGCUGAGGACUGAACACGAACUGCACAUAGAAGUCUUGCAGGUUGCCUUGCAGAAGCUGCAGGAGUUAGGAGCCAACGUCGAUUCGAGCAAUAGGGCACUUAAAAAAAUAGGAGAAAAGCGAGCAGCGCUCGAGUGCGUCAAAGAUCCAUCAAGCGAGAAACGCUGUCACGAAAUGGCCGAUGCGUUCGAGGCAGAGGCAACGAGGACACGAAGGGCAAUAGAAGAGCUAGACACUGCAGUUAAUACCCUCCAACAGGCGCUGGUGGCAGAGUGCUUCUACUCCUUCAGCACUUCUCCAACGGAAGCAAGGGCAAGAAUAAAGGAGACCUCAGAGCGUACCAGCGAAUUGCUCCGCACCAUGGAGGCAUUACAAGUACCAGCGGCCUCUUUUGACUUUCCGGGGCUUCUAAGUACAUCGCGCCAGAUUCUUGUUACAAUGGAAGACGAGCUGCGGAACGUGACGCAAUUCUGGGAUGUUGCAGAGUCGAUGCUGCACCAGGUGGAAGAAUUCCGGGAUCUUCUGUGGCAUGACGUCGAUGAGCUCCGUGGGCCCUACAUGCGGGAGCGUCACUGGAAUGAGCUACUCAGCCUUGCCCAAAAGUCCCUUGAAAUAUCUGAUCAAACCAAGCUCCAUCAAAUCGAGGAUCUUAAUCUGUUGGCGCUUCAAGGAGCUGUUGAAGAGAUUACUGACAAGCCUGAGGUUAAUUUGUUAUCGCUGUCGGAGGAAAGCAGCGAGCUACUAGAAGAACAACAGAUGCUGGUUCAAAACAUGAUGGUUUCCAAGUAUGUCGGAGGGCUUUAG